AUGGCAGAGGCUAUGGAGACGGAGAUGGAUUUCUCGGAUGGUGAGCAAGCUAAUCCUAACGGACACGUCUCCGUUCCCCAAUAUUCCACACCUCCUGCGUACAACAGGACUGGUCUUUCGGCUCUUCAUGGAUAUGGAAACUCAGCAACCAUUGGAUUAGGAAAUGGGAUUGAAAGGAGGCUGGAUCACGAACAGCUACCUGGUUAUAUCUUUAUUUGCAAUGGGAGAACAAAAGCCGAUUGCUAUCGUUACCGUGUUUUCGGGAUACCAAAAGCUGGGAGAAACGUUGUUGAGAGUAUAAAGCCAGGCAUGAAGCUUUUCCUCUAUGACUUCGAGAAGAGACUUCUUUAUGGUGUUUACGAAGCUACUAUUGGUGGCAAGUUGGAUAUUGAACCAGAAGCUUUUGAAAGGAAAUAUCCAGCUCAGGUUGGAUUUAGAAUCGUCAAGAACUGUUAUCCAUUGCCAGAAAACACUUUCAAGUCUGCUCUCUAUGAGAAUUACAAAGGCGGCAAGUUUAAGCAAGAGCUUGCUCCUCACCAAGUUAUGCAUCUGUUAUCAUUGUUCCGUCCAUUUACUGCUCCAGAACUCGAUGCGUUACCUCAUAGAUUUGCUUCCAGAGCCUCAGCUCCAAGGGCGCUAUCUUUCGAGGAACGGUUCAUAGCUGCUACGCAGCUUAGAAACGCUUCGUCAGUGUUAGAUCCUCUGUCUGCUCGUCAUGCAGAGCCACGACUUGGCUCUCUAAUGCCACAUCAGUCUGUUCCCCGCACACCUCUGCUCCAACAUACUUACUCCAGACAAGACGAGUACGCAACUCCAGUGAGAGAAGCACUAAGUCUGUCAAGUUUGAAUCAGCAGCCUUAUUUUCCUACAGAUAUUCGGCAGCAACGCUCGCUCGGAGACUCUUCACGCUCUAUACAGGACCCUCAACUCAAAUACCUUACCAUUUUAUCUAAUAUCCGCAGAUAUGGAACUGACCCAGAGUUCUCAGGCUCAGAAAAUGAAUAUCACCCGGCAACGCCAUCAGAGAAGGACAAGUUCGCUUCACCUUAUUCUGAUAAUAGUUAUUACCCUUCGACAUUAUCUAGGAAUGAGCAGCCAUCUGCAUCUGCAGCUAAUGGGAAUGUGUAUAGAAGUGAGUUAUCUACUUCAGCAGCACAGAAAGAAGGGGAAGCUAGUCAGCAGCAUGAGAUCCCUGCUGGCACCUACUACCACCCAGAAGUAUCAUCUACAGUUCCAAAUACUACAAUGUCCAUGCAAUCAGAUAUGCAGGCAGCUAGUGUUGCUCAAUCUCAGACUGAGAUAGCUGGCUAUCCUACACAGGCACAUGGUGAAGCCCCACAACCAGCUGCUGGAGCAGUUGGUUACAGUCACCAACCUCAAAGUGUAGCAGUUAGUGAUACCGCUCAUCCACAGCCUGUGAGUGUCGAAGAAAGUAAACAACCCCAUCCUGGAACAGCUAGUUACUCAGAACAGCAAUAUUAUGCAGCUAUGGGGUAUUCUACUCAACUCUAUGCAGGUGCAACUGGCUAUACUCAACAGCCCCCUGAAAACGGGUACGGUCAGCAACACCAUGCUGCAGCAACUGGUUACCCUCAGCAACUUUCUGAAUUUGGGUACGGUCAGCAACACUAUGCUGCAGCAACUGCAUACCCUCAGCAACCCUAUGCUGCAGCAGCUGUGUACCCUCAGCAACCCAAUGCUGCAACAACUGCGUACCCUCAGCAACCCAAUGGUGAAGCAACUGCAUACCUUCAGCAACCUAAUGGUGCAGCAACUCUGUACCCUCAGCAACCCAAUGGUGCAGCUACUGCAUACCUUCAGCAACCUAAUGGUGCAGCAACUCUGUACCCUCAGCAACCCAAUGGUGCAGCUACUGCAUACCUUCAGCAACCCAAUGGUGCAGCAACUGCAUACCUUCAGCAACCUAAUGGUGCAGCAACUGCGUACCCUCAGCAGCCCAGUGCCGGAGCAACUGCGUACCCUCAGCAGCCCAAUGCCGGAGCAACCGCAUACGCUCAGCAACCAUAUGCUCAGGGUGUUGGAUACGCAACGCAACCACAUGCUCAAGCUGUUGGAUACACGCCGCAAUACCAUGCCCAAGCUGGUGUAUACACUCAACAAGCUGUAAUGCAAGGUUCUAUACCAGCGCCUCCGGGGACAACUGAUUGGAAUGCUGCAACAGGAGACUGGAAUGCGCAGAGGACUCUGUUAACUCUCGUGAUCUGGGCAACUUGUGUGUAUUGGUGA